UAGUCAGUCGUUGUCGAGCUGUCAUUCUAAUCAGAUCGCUAAUCACAUCAUUCGUGGAUGGCCUGGUUCUUUUUGCUUGCGUAGCCGGUCCAAGUUUAAUAUUAUCCGUGUAAUAAUUGAUACGACGUGUAAUAUAACCCGGGACUAAUAUAGUGCAAAAAUAUAUGCGUUAGUGAAAAUACAGAGGAGCAAUUCUGCUACUUUUAGCGUAGAGUGAAAUCCCUUCUUAGUAUUGCUAAAACGUCAAAUAAAAUACGAAGAGGAAACUGCAAGGUCGAAUAUUUUGUUGAACGUUCGAGUGAUUCGGCACUAUGUAGAAGGAAGCGCAGUUCUAGUGAAAAAUUGUUCAUCAGCUAAUUGAAAAAUUUAAUUUUGCCUGGAAUGAAGAAAACCGAGGAGGAAGAAUGGUGAACUCGAAGUUUUUUGAUAAUCUGAAACCUUCGAUAGCAAUACGAACGCUCACGUCAAUUAGGCACUGUGCCCUGUUAGCGGCUGCUAUUACGCCUAAUAAUCGGAUAAAGCAAAGUGGAGAAUCGUUUCAAAUUUGGAGAUAAGCAGCAGCAAUAGCAGCACUCGUUUCGUACGUGCUUCGCUCAUUCAAGGAACAAGUUAGUCGAACAAAAUGGGUGUCGCGGAUACUUCCAGCAAUGGAAACGAUAACAUAACUCAUCUUAUGAAAGUAACCAGCGCCCUAUUUUACGGGUUCGCCUCCUUCUUCAUCACCGUAGUCAACAAAACCGUUCUCACGUCAUAUCGAUUUCCAUCAUUCCUGGUACUUAGCUUGGGUCAACUGGCUGCCAGUAUAAUUGUGCUGUUCCUAGGGAAACAUUUUAAUAUAGUCAAAUUCCCGGCUUUCUCGCGGGAUAUACCACGUAAGAUAUUCCCUUUGCCAUUGAUAUACCUUGGGAACAUGAUGUUCGGGCUAGGGGGAACCCAAGCCCUUAGUUUGCCCAUGUUUGCCGCUCUCCGGAGGUUUUCCAUCUUAAUGACGAUGAUACUAGAACUUCGAAUUCUUGGCAUUCGACCCACAACCACUGUACAAAUCAGUGUGUACUCCAUGGUUGGUGGUGCUAUAUUAGCUGCUAGUGACGAUCUGAGCUUCAACCUGCACGGUUAUCUUUUUGUGAUGAUUACCAACAGUCUGACUGCCGCCAACGGCGUCUACAUGAAGAAAAAACUGGACACCGCAGACAUGGGGAAGUACGGCCUCAUGUACUACAACUCUCUAUUCAUGUUUUUACCGGCCCUCAUCGGAACCUGGCUCCUAGGUGAUCUCGACGAAGCAUGGCAAUUUCAAGGUUGGAACGAUCCGUUCUUCCUGGUCCAAUUCCUACUAUCCUGUGUGAUGGGAUUCAUCCUUUCCUACAGCACCAUUCUCUGCACACAGUACAACUCAGCGCUCACCACCACUAUUGUGGGCUGCCUCAAAAACAUUAGCGUAACCUACAUCGGCAUGUUCAUCGGUGGUGAUUACGUGUUUUCUUGGCUCAAUUCCAUCGGGAUCAACAUCAGCGUCGCUGGCUCGCUGCUGUACGCUUAUGUCACCUUCCGCAAGAAGGCCCCCGUUGCCGCUGGUUCUGGCGGUUCUGGUUCCGAUCGAAAGUCCUUGCUCCCGCCGCCCGGUCGAGUCGAUAACGUGUGACGGAGCUGUUACUGCUAUUACUAGGGAACUGCAUGUUGAAGAUUUCGAAUUUGUUGGCUCGACUGAAAAAUCAUCUGCGCCAGCGGCACCAGGACGAAACCAAAAAGUGACCAGGGGUGGUUCGGAGUUGUAUUAUGUGUAAAGUGUUUUAGUUUACCGUACGUAAAUUGUAUCUAAGUGUAUAUGUUGUAGAAAUUAAUGGUAGAAAAAUGAAGCAAAAUAUUUAAGUUACAGUGACAUAUAGUUUAUUUUAGUAAUUGAAGUAUUAGUAAUAAAAACGACUAAUGCCAGAAUGAGAAAAAAUGUGAA